UAUACAAGAGAAAGAAACAAUGGUGAAAUGGAGCAUCUCAAUUUUAUUAAUUAUGUUGUUGAAUUUAGCAGUGACAUCUCUAGGCAAUGUCCCUAAUUUUGACUAUCAUGCAUUCUACUUCAUCCACCAGUGGUUACCAUCUUAUUGUAACCAAAAAGGGACAAAAUGUUGCUACCCACCAACAGGAAGGCCAGCAGCAGAUUUUACAAUAUAUGGGCUUUGGCCUUACAAUGAUGGUGGCAACUCCUUACAAAACUGUCCUGGCUCAAGUUAUGAUGUGGCUCCGUUGAAAGCCAUACAAAACAUGCUACAAAAGGAUUGGCCAUCAUUAACAUGCCCACAAAUUGGCCGAAAAUUCUGGCUACAUGAGUGGAACAAACAUGGAACCUGCUCAAAAUCUGUCUUGGACGAACUGGCUUAUUUUCAUGCAGCAUCAAACAUGAAGAACAAGCUCAACAUUUUUGAAGCUCUUUCUAAAGCUAGAAUUAUACCCAACAAUCAGUUUUACCAAGUUGAAAACAUAAAAGCAGCUAUUACUCAGGCAACUGGAUAUCGACCAUUCAUAUUCUGUAACCAUGAUGCUGAAGGAAACAGUCAGAUUUGGCAAGUUAUAUUUUGUGUUGAUAAAAGUGGUACAAAGCUUGUCAAUUGUUCUGGUAGUCCCCAAGGACAAUGUGCUUAUAGCACUGUUAAAUUUCCUUCUUAUUAGUUCAAUUGUUGUAUAUUUAUGUUGUUUUCUAGCUUUCUAGCUA